CUUCACGAAGGUCGGUAGCGUCGAGACGGCUCGCGUCGGUUACAACUUUAAGCAGAAGACGUAAACGAGAGCUUGUGUUUUACCGCUAAUAGUGAAAGUUUCAAUUUGAUUGAAAAUUAUUUUACUGAACAAAGGAAGUUAAGUGAUUUGUGAAAAAUUUAAGUGAUACUUUUGAAAACUCUUCAUCGGAGAGAAACUUUCCAUUUCAUUGGGAAACUUAAAAAUUCGAAUUCAUUAUUAAAGAUCCGUCUUUAAGAUGACGGGAGGUUGACCCCAAGAUGGCGCCUUGGCACAGGUUUCAAUGAUGGCGCGAAAUGGCGCCAUUCUAAUCUUACUGGCUGUUUCGAUCAGCCUACAGACAUUUGCUGAUCAAACUAAAUGUCCGAGCCUAGCCGCAAAUCCUUCUUGUCAAUGCUUCAACUUUGAAAAUGGUAUUUUAUUGGAAUGUCCUGCUGCCACCGCCGACUCAGUCAAGUCUGUUUUGGAGAUUAUCGAAGGAUCCGUACAAAGUCUCAACAUAUAUGACCCGGAUAAAUCAAUAGUCAAGCUUCCAAAACAUUUCUUUCCCGACACAACCAUCAUUAAACACUUACAAAUAUCUCAAAGUAACAUACAAGAAUUACAUGAUGACUGCCUCUUGCCGCUCAAGCCUCACUUGGAAUCUUUUAGUCUGGUAUCUGGCCGACUUAAAGAGAUACCUCAGAAAGCUUUCAAAGGAUUGAAUAAGUUGAUAGCACUCGACUUGGAAGCUAAUUCCAUAGUUGAUCUACCUAGUUACAGUUUUUAUGGUUUACAUCUGAUAAAGUUGAACAUGAAAGGAAACCAAAUUCAGAAGGUAUCCGAAUACGCUUUCGCAGGACUCGAGGACACCCUAUCUGAAUUAGACAUGGCUGAAAACAAACUGAAGAGUUUUCCAAUUAAAUCUUUGAGACGACUAGAAAGAUUGCGACAUUUACGUCUAGCCUGGAAUGAAAUUAAUGCCAUUCAAGAUGAUUCCUACUCAAGACUCGGUUCCCUCCUUUACUUAGAUCUCAGCUUUAAUAAUUUCGAAAAACUAGAAGAUUAUUCGUUCAGAAUUUUUCCAGGAAUACGCACUUUAUCGUUAUAUUAUAACGUUAUAGAAACUGUACAUCAAGACUCAUUUUCAACGCUAACGGAUCUACAAUCGUUGGAUUUAAGUCACAACAAAAUAGUUUAUUUAGAUCAGUCAUGUUUUCAAAAUAAUAAAAAAUUACGAUCAGUGGACUUAAGUCAUAAUCACGUUCAUUAUAUAAGCGGUGUUUUCGCUUAUCUACCAGAGCUCAAGGAACUGUUUCUCUCAGAAAACAACAUAUUGGAGAUACCAGCAGAUGCUUUCACAGAUUCAUCAAACUUAUCCGUUAUUUAUUUACAACAGAAUGCAAUACGAAGAAUUGAUCCCGAAUCAUUAGUUACAUUAGUUAACCUAUCGCAAUUACAUUUAAGCUCGAAUUUCAUUCAACACGUACCCAACAACUUACUCCAACAUAACGUCAACUUAACAUCUCUCAGUUUAGACAGUAAUUGGUUAACACGUUUAGAACCAGGAACAUUUGAUAAAACCAUAAAUCUGAGAGAAAUUAGGCUCCAUAAUAAUAAAAUUCAAUCAAUUCUCCGAGGAGUAUUUGAUCCACUCCCCUCGUUACUAGAACUACACUUACAAAACAAUGAAAUAUCUUCGAUAGAUUGGGGUGCUUUUCGUACUUUGCAAAGUCUCCAGCAUGUAAAUUUACAAGGUAACGUGAUAGUGGAUCUCGGGGAUGUAUUUAUGCAUGAGUCUCCGUCCCUUGUAUCGAUUCAAUUAGAUUCAAAUAAUAUUUUAUCAUUGCACAACGAUACUUUGAGAGGACAGUCUAGUGUGCAGAUCAUGUGGUUAGGUCAUAACAGACUUAAGAAAAUAAGCAAAUCACUUUUUAAAGACCUACUUAUGAUUCAAAGAGUGUAUCUCACCAAUAACAGCAUUUCGUACAUAGAAGAGAGAUCAUUUGAACCCAUGCAAGCUUUGAAGUUCUUAGAGCUCAGUAUGAAUCAGUUGACUCAAAUAACACAAACGACAUUUUGUGAAUUAUUCGAAUUAGAAGAGCUUCAUCUCUCCAAAAAUAUGUUGAGGAGUAUAGAACCUCAAUCUUUCACCAAUCUGAAGAAACUGAGGAUACUGGAUCUUUCAUGUAACCCUCUUAUUGUUUUACACGAUAAUAUUUUUCAAGAAGGCUUACCAAUAAGGAAUUUGAAUCUCUACAAUUGUUCCAUACAAAGAAUCGAUUUGGGCGCGUUUAGAGGUCUGAAUAAUUUAAAUGAACUGAAUCUAGCUCUUAACGAACUGACCUCUAAAGAUUUGAGUGCGUUGGAUAUUCCGGGUUUGCGAGUACUAAAGCUAACCAACAAUGAUUUUAGUACUUUGCACGGGUUCUCCUUGAACGGUUUACCAUCCUUACAGACUCUUUAUUUAGAUCGAUGUAAGAUUUCGAGAGUGCCAGAUGAACUUUUUUCUAACAACAAGAACUUACUACAUAUUGAUUUGAAUUAUAAUCAUAUAAUGGAUUUAGGGUACAAAGUGUUUUUAAAUUUGAACGUACUAAAAGAGUUAAAAUUGUCUAGUAACAUAUUUAGUGAUAUACCUUAUACGGCCCUUUUGAACAUAUCUACGAUGGAAGUGUUAACAUUAGCAUAUAAUCAUUUAACCACUAUAGAGAUAUCUCGACUAAAUGGUUUGCCUAAUUUGCGAGAACUUGAUUUGAAAAGUAACUUCAUAACAUCAUUAUCGGGAUUUGCAUCGGCUAACUUAACUCAACUGUUUUCCUUGGACCUGAGUAACAACUCUCUGGUGGGAUUACCAGCUAACUUUUUCCAUCACUCUCCUUUACUAGGACGAAUUGAUAUAUCUUGUAAUAGAUUUAAGCAAAUCCCGAGUUCGGCGUUGUCAGGAACUACGCUACCAGGAUUGAAUUGGUUGAAUCUAACGGAGAAUCCCUUAAUAAGAAUUCAUGACAUAACAUCAACAAAUCGUUAUCCUUCUUUAGAAGAAAUACAUAUAAGUUCAACUAAUCUCAGUAUUAUAACAAGCAAAGAUUUUGAAUCUUUUCCGGCACUACUUCACAUCUUCUUGGGACAAAACAGGAUUUCAAGAAUUUCUCCAGGAGCUUUUGGAAAUUUACCGAAUCUAUUAACUCUUGAUUUGGGUGUGAAUGAAUUGGAAUUGUUACCUCAAGAAAGGUUACAAGGUUUGAAUCAUUUGAGAAUCCUCAAUCUAACCCAUAAUCGUUUGAAAGAACUGGAAGAAUUUCCAGCGAAUUUGAAGUCACUCCAAAUUCUGGACAUAUCUUUCAAUCAUUUGGGAAGGAUAAGCAAAAGUACUUUCCAACAUCUAGAAAAUUUAUCGGAAUUAUAUCUCUUCGGUAACUGGAUAUCGCUUGUUUCUAGUGAUGCUUUCAAACCUUUAAAGAAGUUAAGAACCCUCGAUUUGAGCCGAAAUUAUUUGGAGAAUAUUCCUUUGAAUGCGUUUCGUCCUUUAGAAACUCAAAUUAGAAGUCUUAGAACAGAAGAAAAUCCUUUAUCAUGUAGUUGCGACUCACAAGAACUUUGGGAAUGGUUACACGACCACCAAAAGUUAGUUGAGCACACGGAUACUCUUCAAUUACGUUGCGAACAUCCUCCAGAGCUCCGAGGGAGGAUAUUUCUUGAGCUCGAUCCGGAGCAAUUCUGCGAUCAGCCUAUGGUAGUGAAACUAGGAAUUCAAGAUAUUCAACCAUUCUCCGUACUAGUAUCUUGGCAAAGUAGAAAUCAUUCCGGAUUAAGUGGAUACCAAGUAGCAUAUUACGCAAUUGAUAGAUUAGAGGAUUUAGAGAUUCGAGGAAGAAAAUUGGAUCGCUUCUCACGAUCCAUGAAACUUUCGAAACUCUACCCAGAUACUAAAUAUCUAAUAUGCGUCUUGGCACUUGGAAACUGGGCACUUAACCUCAAAGAAUCUCCACAAGGUUUGAGACGUUCUAUCAACGAAUCCCAAGAUUUGGAAGUCUUCUCAGAUGGUAUGCGUCCAUUAUUAGUCGAUUCUCCUACGAGUAGAUGCGCGGAAGUAAAUACCCUCGGAGCACCAGAUAGUAUGCACGUAGGAAUGGGAAUUCUACCUGACCACUCCAUGGGUACCCAAUCUAUUUUAACACGUCGCCUCGGCCUUAUUAUUGGCUGUUGCAUGGGUUUUAUAGUAUUUAUAGGGUUAGUGACCGUCCUAGGAUAUCUUAAAAUUAAAAAACAGAGAAGGGCCGUCAAACGGGACCAACCUUUACCACCAGAAUACUUGUCGUAUAGACAUUUUUCAAUACAGAGUGGAGAAGCGGGUGGACAUCCGCAUUUUAUAACGAAUAUGAAUACUACUGUAUUGAACUAAAAUUGACGGUUGUACCGUCUAUACAAGGUGUAUCAAAUAUUAAAUCAAUUGAAUUAUUUUUUAAGGUUCAUUGGUGAGGCACAUGAGAAUGUACUAUAUAUCUUAAAUAAAAAAAUUAAUAUUUCAUUUAUAUAUUUCAAUAUUUUGAGCUGGGUUGAAUCAAUUUUUCGAAAUUAAAUAUUCUUUAUAUUAAACCAUUAUAA